AGACGAGAAGUCAAGGUCUGCGCGGUAACUUUGGUUGAGAUGGUGAAACCAAAGUACAGACGCCAUGGGUUCGUCUCGAAAAAGCAGAAGGAGAGAUAUGAUAAAGUAUCUGCAGGGCAAUUGACUCGAUGGAUUAGGGGAGCUAUCCUUACAGACCACAAUUACUCCGCCAGUGCAACCCCUGUCAGCGUUGAUCACGAUCACGCAAUUGUACAUGUUGGUAUUGGUGCAACACAAGUCAACAGUCUCCUUUCUGAGCUGAAUAUACCACCUGUAAGCCAUGCCAUGCUGGACAAAAGACAGAAAGAGAUAGGCAGAGCUGUUGAAGAUAUUGCUGCAGAGUCUAUGUCUGAUGCUUUGCAGAAGGAACUGGAAAUGAUGAAUGAAGAGAUGAACGAAAAUGGACUAGUUGUUGCUGUAGAUGCUGGAUGGCAAAAACGGGGUAGCGGAAAGACAUAUGAUAGUUUAUCAGGUCAUUGUUCCAUGGUUGGUCCUCUCUCCGACAAAGUAUUGUCAUACUCUCUGAGGUCUAAGAAUUGCAGAGUAUGCAGUGUAGCUGAAUCAACCAACAAGAAUCCAGCAGCCCAUGAGUGCUCAAAGAAUUGGGAGGGUAGUUCAAAGGCCAUGGAGGCAGAUAUGGUUAUUGAGAUGGUCCAAGAUCUACAGAAAAGUAAAGGAAUAACCAUUGAUGGAAUCAUUGGAGAUGAGGACUCUACCACUAUUGCAAGACUGAAAGCUAAUGUCAAUGCUGAUAUUAAGAAGUUGUCUGAUAAAAAUCAUCUAAAGAAACUGUUUACAAACUCUUUGUUUACCUUGAAGAAAAAACAUUCAUCUCUAACUUUGUCUGUGAUAAAGUACAUUCAGAAAUGCUUCAGUUACUCCAUAGCACAGGGAAAAGGAAAUGCUUCUCAAAUCAAAGAAGACCUUUCAUCAAUUCCAUUACACAUAUUUGGAGAUCACCAACACUGCUCCUCAAGGUGGUGCAACUUCAUUAACAACCCUAACCUGAGGUACAAGUCACUUCCACAUGGAAAACCCCUGAAAGAUAGGUUCCUUCAGGAUGAUCUGAAAGAAGUCUUCAGUUCAUAUGCAAGUCAUUCUGAUCGUCUUUCAUGCUUAGGAAGCACACAGUCCAAUGAGAGUUUUCACAGAAUGGUGUCUGCAAAAGCCCCAAAGACCCAUCAUUACAGCUCUUCUUCAAGCCUCAGAUAUAGAGUUGCUGCAUGUGUAGCCCAGAAAAAUGUUGGACACAGAUAUCUUGUAAAGGUUAACAAGAAAUUGGGCCUCUCUCCUGGCUACUAUACUCGACGACAGUGCAUUCUGAGGGAUUUGCAAAGAAAGCGACAGAAGGCCAUUUCAGUGACACAGAAAUUUAAAAGGAGAAGGAGAGAAUUGAAAGCCAGGAAAAUUCAAAGUAUUUCUACAAAAGAAACAAGGGAAGGCAUCAGUUAUUUAACAGGAUGUGAUCUCCAGCAGGCCUCUGACAUCGUUGAAAUUCCAGCUCCAAAAACAAUUCCAAAGUAUGAUCAUCUCCCUUCAAGUCAGCUGUUAAAUGCUGAAGAGAUCUAUUUUGAUUUGGAAACUACUGGACUAGCAAGGGAUUCUCAUAUUGUGCAGUUGUCUGCAGUUAGAAAUGAUGAGGUUUUCAACAAAUACAUCAUUCCAGAAAAACCAAUGUCCUCAAAAGCUACAGAAAUUACUGGAAUAAAAGUAGUCAACAAUAAAAUGUACCACAAUGAUGAGGAAGUUGAGACAGUCAGCAUUAAGGAUGCACUGAUCCAGUUUAUCGACUUCAUGAAGAAAUCGGAGUCAGAUGCUGUUCUAGUUGGACACAACUCCAAAGUGUUUGACCUUCCUGUGCUGUUCAACAUUUUGAGUAAAUUAAACAUUUUGGAGGCAUUCUCAUCUGCAGUCAUUGGUUUCAUUGAUACCUUACCUCUUUUCAAAAUUUCGCAUCCAAACCUUUCAUCAUACUCACAGUUACACCUCUUUGAAGAAAUUCUACAAGACAAAUACAGUGCGCAUGACUCAUUACAGGAUGUCUUAGCCUUGAAGAGAUUGUUGGACCAUACAGGACCUUCCCCUGAAGUCAAACUUGCUGCAUCUUUCACUUCAAACUCUGCCUUUGCCAUAUUCCAUCACAAGAGCACAACAAAAAGUCUAAUGAGCACACUAAAGCCUUUAUUGGACCAAAAGGUGAUUUCGAAUGGAAUGGGAAAUAAGAUUGCCAGCAGUGGACUCUCCUUAUCACACUUACAACUGGCUUAUCGCAGAAAUGGUAGGGAGGGAGUACAGGAUGUGCUGACAGAGAUAACAGAUAACAGUGUGCGUGUGACAAAAUCUAGAAAAAUCAUUGAUUCUGUUGCAGAUUUUCUCAGAUCUGAGCAGUAA